AUGCCUCGCUUUCUGCACACUUGGACUGGAGCAUUUGUCUGGGUGGAGGACCCGAAGCAAGUGUCAUACGCUAUCCUCUCCCAUACCUGGCGAACCCCACUCCAGGGCGGUGAGCAAUCAUAUGAUCAUAUCCGCAUAUUCCAAGAUUCGCUGGCACUGUACACGUUGCAAAAUCCCCCUACUUCGCCCAUCGACCCUCCCACGAUCUUUACCCACUGCCCUACCCUAUCGGACAAGAUCAAGGGUGUUUGCUACAUCGCUCGGGAGGCCGGUUAUCAGCUCCUCUGGAUGGACUCGUGUUGCAUCGACAAGUCGAGCAGCUCUGAACUCUCCGAGGCGAUCAACUCGAUGUACGAGUGGUACAGACUCGCAGACGUAUGCUACGUCUACCUCGAGGACGUGCCCAUCGGCCCCGACCCUACUCGAGCCGACUCGAAAUUCCGAACCAGCAGAUGGCACACGCGUGGAUGGACACUGCAAGAGCUCAUCGGUGCCGAGCGUGUCGUGUUUUUGUCGAACACCUGGCGCCUCUUGGGUACGAAGAUGGGACUGGCCCCCACGCUGGCGGAGAUCACUGGGGUCGAUCACGACAUCCUCACUGGCCGCGUCUCUGUUGACUCCGUCAGCGUCGCACGUAGAAUGUCUUGGGCCGCCGGGCGACAAACAACGCGUAUCGAAGACCAGGCAUACUGCUUGAUGGGCCUAUUUCGCGUCCACAUGUCUCCUAUCUAUGGCGAGGGCACGAAUGCGUUUCUUCGUCUCCAGGAGGCGAUCAUCCGGACCAUCCCUGAUCAAACGAUCUUCGCCUGG